GACAAUUUGACAAUCAAACGUGAGCGAGCGUCUAUGUAAUAUUUACAAGAAAUAACAUUUAGUUGUUUCGUUUAAUAGAUUUUAUUUUCCAGCUAUACAGAUAAAAUUAUAAAACCUGCCUAGAUAGCACUUUUAACAAGGCCCUAAUAUAGAUACCACUAACGUAAAUAUGGCUUUAGCUUUACAGAGACGCGCUAAUGUCCGAUUACCACCUGAAGUGAAUAGGAUACUAUAUGUAAGAAAUUUACCAUACAAGAUAUCAGCCGAAGAAAUGUAUGAUAUAUUUGGAAAAUAUGGUGCAAUUCGACAAAUUCGAGUUGGAAACACACCAGAGACAAGAGGAACAGCAUUUGUUGUGUAUGAGGAUAUAUUUGAUGCAAAAAAUGCUUGUGAUCAUUUAUCUGGAUUCAAUGUGUGCAACAGGUAUUUAGUUGUAUUGUACUACAGAUCAAACAAAGCCUUCAAGGGAAUGGACAUAGAGAAGAAGCAAGAAGAGAUAGAUACAUUAAAAAAGAAAUAUGGUAUUUCAAGUGAUGAUCUACGUAAAUAAUAUUUCUUGUUUUGUUUUUGUACUUGUCAUAUAAACUCUAGUUGGCCAAUUGAGCUGCAUAAGUGAUUUUAAACAAAUGACAUUGAGGAUUCUUAACUUGGCCUUAACAGUAAUGAACAUUUCUAAAUCAAGGUGUGUCCGAUGCCAACUCUGUUUUUAUUCUAAAGGAAAUAUGUUUAAUUUUAAAUAUGCUUUUAAAUAUAGCUUUCUCAAAUAAACAACUAAGUGAUAUUUUAUGUAAGUUUUAUGGUAGUAUUCUAAUCCUAACAAUUAAGAAACUCACAUUUCUUUGUCAUUAACAAGAAAACUCAUAUUACAACCAUUUCAUCUAAUAUUCAUAUCAUAAAUGCAAUAUCCUGUGUGCUCACCAGUAUGUUUCUUACUAUGUAUAAUUAUUCCUCUAAGGUUGCUUAAAUGGCAGUGCUUAAAAACAAAUACAAAAGUACCAGGUUGUAUGUUUGGCAAAGUUGUGUCCUUCAAAUAUUGAAUCUUCAACGAAAUUACAAGAAAUGUUUUCUAGAUAUGUAUAACACUGUAAAAUAUUACUAAAAAUAAUAAAUAAUUUGUAAUUUG